AUGACUCCUUUUGAUAACGAAAGAUAUUAAUCUCUCUAAAGUAUAUGCUAUCAUGUAUCAGAACUAAAUGAUGCUAAAAUCAUUAGAUAAUUUAUAAAGUCUUUCUUAAGAGGUAAAAUAAUUAUCAAUAAUUUGGAGGAAAGUAAAGAAUAACGACUAAGUUUAAGGUAGACUAUUAGAGUAAGAGAAGAAAAUCACAUUGAAGAAUUUAAGACUUUUGAAGAUUAUUUACUUUGGAAUCCUUAGGCUAUUGGAGAAGCAUUAACAUCAUCGACCAUAAGAAAAUAGUAUAAUAAUGAAAGAUUUGAGUUCUACGGAGAUACUGUAUUAAAUUACUUGGUUGUGCUAGAAUUUUUCUUAUGUGCUGAUUAAAACUGGACUGAGAAGGAUUUAGAUUAUUGGAGAAUAAAAAUUGUAGAAAACAAAAAUCUAGCAUAGAUAAAUUUUAGAUAAUAACUGUAUUAAUACCUAAUUAUGGAUAAGAAUAAGAUAUUUAAUGAUGUUGUUCCAGCUGAUUUCGAACAUAUUGAUUAUCAUUAAAAUUUAAAACAAAAAUACCUCAAUGAGUUUCAAACUAAGAUAACUCAAAUCAGAAGGUAGAGGUUUAUCAUAAAUAAUGCUACUGAAAGCGAAAUCGAAAUAAAUGAGUUAAACAUUGAAUAUGUGGAAUUGCUAAAGAGCAUUUUAACUAAAUAAAAUGCUUUCUAAUUAAUAAAAAGCAAAUAGGCCCAAUUAAUAGUGACUGAGGAAAAAUAAAAACUAUUUAAAAAUAGAGCAGUAACUCAAGAGGCCGGAAUAGAAUAAGCUCAUGAAUUUAUAAAGAAUAAACUCAAUAUACUUGGCUUCUCCUUGAGUGAGUAUGCAGAAAAUAGAAAUAAGCUGAUGAGUGAAUUCGGCAAGAUUCCAAUAGAUGCCAAUGAAAUAGCUCAAAUUUUCAAGUUAGAAAAGAUAUUAAAUUACGAAUUCUCGUGUAAAUAAAUCGCAAUUGUAGCUCUUACUCACAAUUCUAUUACCGAAAGCAAAAAUUAAAAAGAAAGUCAAUCUAAUAAUCCAGAGAAUGACUAACUGAUUCAAUCUAAAAAAUUAUAGAAUUAUGAACGACUUGAAUAUCUAGGUGAUGAGAUACUAGGAUUACUAGUUACACAGUACAUAGUGGGAGUGACUAAGGACUAAAAAUAAAAUUAAAAUCCAGAAAAAAUGCACAAGUUAAGAGCUUAAAUAAUCAACAACACUAUGCUAAGUCUUAUUACUAUUGAGACAAAUAUUUAUGAGUUCAUUCGAUUUGAUGAGCAAUAAGAAACAUAUAGAUAACAAAUUGAUAAUUUCGUUCAACAAGUAAAAGAGAAUCUCAAGAGACAGGGUUCAUCAAAAUAAAAUGCAAUCAAAUUUAUUGGUCUUAACGCAUACAAUUGCAGAAAAACUUAUGAGACUGCUCUCACCUUAAAUUAUCUUAAGGAUGAUGAUACGGAUUUAAAGAAAGAAUUCAUUCAAAAUAUUGAAAAGAAUGAUCAUGAAAUUACUCUGGAAUAGACUUAUGAUUUACUAUUAAAACAUGAUGUUUUUCCAAUCGAUAUUGAAUAAUUGCAAGAGAGUAAUAUAAAAAUAUUUGGAGAUGUUUUUGAGAGCUUGAUAACAGCUGUUUUUCUGGAUUCAGGCAGUUUAGACAUAACAUAAAGAGUUCUGUUUAAAAUUCUUGAGCCUUACUUGAUCAUUUAUGCCAAUAUUGAUCGAUAGAAAGACAAUAAGAGAGCUUAGCUCCAAGACCUAUGGAACAAAACAAAAUAUUUCAAAGAGUUGAAGUUUGAAAUGACAUAAGAAAAUACAAAGGACUACAUAAUUUACUCUGGAUGGAUAAUGACGACAGAAGUGAUGAAAUUGAAAUUUGAUGCUAUUGUUAAAAGUAAAGUCCGCAAAUUCUACUCAAAAUUUUACUAAUUUGUUUAAGAAAGCAUAGAAUAAUUCGAAAAAAUUGCUGAAGAUCUAACUUACUUCAACUAUUUGAUAUUUGUAAAGAAAUUUAGAGUGCAAUGGGCUUAAAAUUAAACUAGUGAUUCAUGA